AGCCAAUUUAAGGAUUUUCUACUUAAAUCAUCAACCAAUCCAGUUUCAAAUUGCCAAACUCAUCCCCUACCUCCGACAGAUUGUUUUUGGACAACCCAAACACCGACACAACCAAUUAACUCACAACAGCCAUUAAUCCACUAAUUUUCGAAGAUUAGAGAAGCCAACUUACCAGAAAUGCUCAGCAAGCAAGGCUGGAGCUGGCGGUAUGGGGGAGAGGCGACAGGAAAAAUUGGAGGACUUUCACGGGCCACUAGCAAUUGGAAGGAACAAGAUUAGGGUGAACCCAAUAUACAUCAAGGCUGAAAAGAAGAGUUUCUGGGCUGAUUUUACCAGGAAAAACCGGAGCUUAUACCCAGCAACAGCCGGCGGCAGGGAAGGGAGAAGUAGGGCAGAUCCGGCGACUUUUCUGCAAGAGAGAGAAGUUCUAAGUUCUAGACUUGUUCUUGGGCAAGAAGAGAACAAAAUCAUCAAGUUCUCUUACCAAUUUCUGAGAGAAGUAGAUGAUGAUGAAGGCUGGUGGUGUUCGGCUGCAGGGAGAAAGAAAACAGAGCAGACGCGAAAAUGGCUGGGAAAAAGAAAGAAAGAAAAGAUAAAGGAAAAAGAGAUGAGUCAGCCGGCCUUAUCCAAUAAGAGUUUUAACCCCUUUAAAGUUUGAAAAACUGACAGUUAGGCCCAUUAAUAAUGUUUCUUCACUAUUAGGUCCCUAACUCAACUUAAUGUGCUUGAAGUUUUUGGGGUAUUACAGGAGGCUUGAUGAGUAAGUGUUGCAACUAUUGUGGUAGCCAUUUUUCCUCUGAAGAACAAAUUUGUUCUUUCUCUCUUGUUGUGAAUUACGAAUUCGGUCUACAAUUUCUCCAUUUUAUACCAUAUAGAAACGAAUCUUUAAAUGGAAAAAGAUAUAUAAAGUAAAUAUGAAUGCAUUUU